UUGACGAAGAUCCAAAGUUUCCCUUGUGGCGCUUGCUAAACAUGACCACUACACCGUGCCCUAUUAGUGUUACAUGGUGCUGGAUCAACAACAGCAGUGUAAACAACUCUAACGGAGGGUCGUAAAGGGUUUACAAGAUCAAGAUAUCGCACCGUAGUGAAACGAGAAAGGCUGCAUCAGUACUGCUACAAUAAGUAAGAAGUCAACAAUGGCUGACACCGCACAGGGCACCCCGACCGAGGGCCCGGUGACACCUGAGGAGAGGACCGAGGCGUUAGCUUCCUUUACCGAGGGCAAGAGUGCGUGUCCCAAACCGGUGAUACGCGAACACCCCAUUCUACCCAAACCAGGUGAGAAGAACGUCCUGAUCACCAGCGCCUUGCCGUACGUCAACAACGUACCUCACCUGGGCAACAUCAUCGGCUGCGUGCUGAGCGCUGACGUCUUCUCACGGUUCUGCCGCCUGCGCGGGUGGAACUCGCUGUACAUCUGCGGGACGGACGAGUACGGGACGGCCACCGAGACGCGAGCCCUGGAGGAGGGCCUGACCCCGCAGCAGAUCUGUGACAAGUACCACGCCCUGCACGCCGAUAUCUACCGAUGGUUCAACAUCGACUUCGACUUCUUCGGCAGGACAACCACGCCCCAGCAGACCGAGAUUGCCCAGGAUAUCUUCUGGCGUCUGCACCAGCGGGAUCACCUGCUGACUGACACCGUGGACCAGCUUCUGUGUGAGAAGUGUGACAGGUUUCUGGCGGACCGCUUUGUCGAGGGAACCUGUCCCCUGUGCAACUACGAGGACGCCCGCGGAGAUCAGUGUGACAAGUGCGGCAAACUCAUCGUCGCCACUGAACUCAAGAAACCGAGAUGUAAGAUUUGCAGCGCCUCUCCUGUGGUGAAGACAUCAACCCACCUUUUCCUCAACCUGCCGCAGAUAGAGCCUAAACUGAACGGAUGGCUGGAAGAGAUUCUUCCCAACGAUUCCUGGUCGUCCAAUGCCCGUGUCAUCACUCGCACCUGGCUGCGUGACGGCCUGAAACCUCGCUGUAUCACGCGAGAUCUCCACUGGGGCACUCCAGUACCCCUGAAGGGCUUCACCGAGAAGGUGUUUUACGUGUGGUUCGACGCUCCGAUUGGCUACCUGUCCAUCACGGCCAAUUACACCGAACGAUGGGACAAGUGGUGGAAAAAUCCAGAUGAGGUGAUCCUGUACAACUUCAUGGCCAAGGACAAUGUUCCCUUCCACAGUGUGGUGUUCCCCUGCUCCCUGCUGGGUGCUGAGGACAACUACACCCUGGUCAAUCACCUACAGGCUACUGAGUUUCUCAACUAUGAGGAUGGGAAGUUCUCCAAGAGCCGUGGGAUUGGGGUGUUUGGGGAUGAUGCCAAGGACACGUCCAUCCCGGCAGACAUCUGGCGUUUCUACCUGCUGUAUGUCCGUCCUGAAAGCCAGGACACCACCUUCAGCUGGGAGGAUCUGAUGGUGAAACACAACUCUGAACUCCUCAACAACCUGGGGAACUUCAUCUACAGAGCCCUGACUUUUGUGGUCAACAACUUCCAUGGAACCAUCCCUGCCAUGGAGCUCGGGGAAUCUGACACAGAGAUGCUGGCUCAGGUCAACAGGGAACUGCAGCUGUACAACUUUAACAUGGAGAAAGUCAGACUGCGUGAAGGUCUGACGACCAUCCUGAACAUCUCUCGCCUGGGGAACCAGUACAUCCAGGCCAACAAACCAUGGGUGCUGCUCAAGGGCACAGAACAGGACAGAGCCCGAGCAGGUACGGUGGUUGGUCUGUGUGCCAACGUGGCGUGUCUGCUGUCUGUGCUGCUCCAGCCCUACAUGCCUGACAUCAGCACACAGAUACAGGAACACCUGGCUGCACCUGCCGGGGUCAACGUCCUGGUGGACAAACUGGUGUGCCACCUGGAGCCUGGCCACAAGAUCGGACAGCCCAAGCCACUGUUUGAGAAGCUGGAAGCAUCCUUGGUCCAGGACUUGAAGAAGAAGUUUGCUGGUCGACAGAAGGAGUGAUGACCUGACACCACCUAACAGGCAAUACCGGUACUGCACCACAGGAAAGCUCUAUAGGAGACUUAUUAUUGCUUAUAGCUAAAGCUAGUGUUGUUCAAGGAAGAGUAUCCUAUUGUAAUGCAUGUACAACAUGUAAGACUGAAAAGCUUGACUGUCUGUUCAUUCUAAAUUAAAUGCCUACAUGUAUUAAGUGACCAUCCCAAGUGUCAUAAUAUUGAAGCAAGACAUAUAUGUAGAACACAAUUUCUGAAAAAUUUGACAAAAUGUCAUUACACACCUAACAGUAAUUCUAUGAAAACUGCACCAAGUUAUGCUUCAACAGAUAUUACAUGUACUACAUGUUUCAACAAAUGAUAUUACAUGUUUCAAUAAACGAUAUUAUGUUUCAACAAAUAUUACAUCUCAACAGAUGAGAUUAUGUUUCAACAUGUAUUACUAUGUUUCAACAGAUAUUAUGUUUUAAUAAACUAAAAAUGAUUACGUUUGAAGAUGUAUCAUAUGUACAUGUAUGUCAAACUAUAUGAAUUCCUACACGUUUCUUUCAAUAGCAGUCCCCUUAGCAACAGUGCUGUCCUUUUGUGACGAUUGUUCCCAAAUUAGUUACCAAACACAAGCUUCAACAAGACUAGAUAAAGCCAUCAAAUGAUAGUAAGAGCCCAUCAAAUAAACACAAAAAAUGUAACAGUCUCUAUUAGAAAGUAGAAACGUAUGUCCAACCGUAAAACCUUGUAUACUGAUCUUCCUCUCUGUAAGAUUUAAUUGUAAUCCUUGCAAGAAAUAGAAACAGGCCUUUUUCAUGCUUAUCAAACUGAAUAUUAAGAAUCCUGCUAUGUUGUAAGCCAUAAUUACAGAUGCCUCAAUAUAAUCAAAAUGCUCAUAUAAGCUUUGCUACUGAAAUUAGUACUUAAAAAUAAACUUAGACACCUAAAAACAGAAA